ACCUAGGAGGAAAAGAUGGACCAUCUAGGACAGCAUGUGUCGUUAAGCCUAGGACGGGACAUAAUGGCCAUUGUAGCCGCAAGCCGGUCUUGGAAGGAGAACCUGGAUGUGAUGAUGAGGAAGUACCUAGCGGCAGAGAAAAUGGCAACGGAGGCCGACCUAGCGGCAGUUCAGAGGAAGAACUUCGCAACGUACAAUGAUUUCCUACGGGAAUUUACUCUAGUAGCACUAAGGAUCCCCGGGAUCACGGACCGGAUAAUGAGCAAAUAUUUCCUCAGGCAGUUCUCCGAGCUCGACAAAGACAAGAUCCUGUCAGCUUACCAACAGACGAGCAAGUUCGUAAACACGCGGGAUGUUGAUUUUAGCACGGUAACGGAUCUGGCUGAGAAAACGGUAGUAACAAAAACGUUGGCCUUGCUCAAGGAAGGAAAGAUCAUAGAUUUGACCAGUAGGACGGGCGACAAGGUAAAAAAUGGGAUUGAAAGUCUACAUGAACAGGUGCACGGGGUCGACAAUAAAAUUGAAAGGAUGGAAGGCGCGUUACUGGUUAUGCAGGCGCAAGUAUCCCGACCUGCCCUCCUUCCCCAGGAAGCUGUGGUUCCGCCAGGUGUAGCCAACCGUGGAUUCGGACGGAGAGAUCCUGCUAACGAGCAAUGCAAGUAUUGUACCACGAUAGGACAUUAUGUGCGCGCGUGCCCAAAACUCAACCAUGAUAUUCUGAAAAGAAGGUGUACCAGGUCAUUAAAGGGGGAAAUAUUUGGACCACAAGGGGAACGGGUGAACUGGAACUCGCCAGGAGGGAUGCGGCGAGCCAUUAUCAUGCUCAACUGGUUAGAAAUAACAGCCGUAGAGGCCGCACCGAUGGGGGAGAUCAUCUGGGAUCAACUCCAGGGGCGCGGGCCACAGGUCAACUUCAUUCUGGAAAGCGACGGACGGGAUAGGGUAAACGCGACUACUCGACUAGGAACGGCAGGGAGAAGGAUUAUCCGUGACGCCGUAAUGGAGGAGGUUGCUGGAAGUUUGGAACCUCAGGCAGAGCCUGAGGCCGAGGAACCGGAAAAGGUCUAUGGGAAGCCCAGGGAAGAGGAGCCUAUGGACAAGGUUACCGCCGCUAAAAAGAAGUUUCGGUAUCAAAUCCCGAUCUUAACCUUGCCUGAGCUCGACGACACCAUUAGCAAGUUACUAGGAACCAUGGUGUCGGUGUCUUUUCAGACCAUGCUGCAGGCUAGCCCUAGGUUGCUCAAAGGGCUCACACAGCUGUUGACUCGGAGGCGAAUAGAAAUAGUCGACAACCCCGAGUAACCAGAAGGGGAGAGGGAGGAGGAAGCUCCACAAGAAGUGGCUAACCUUCAGAGGAGUCACGAGGAAUUGGAGGAUCUCUAAAAAGCCAUGGCAGACAUUCGUUUGAGCUUGCCCGACCGAGAGGGCGGCGAAGUCAUGAGAUC